AUGGCUUUAGAGAUUCCAAAGGUUUGUGCACCAUUGACUAGACCCUGUAUUCCUAGUAAUUUGGUUGAUGCAUUUUCUGAUUUUCAACUUGCUGAUGAUUACAAGAAUAAUAGUCACCUGAAUAUAGACAUACUUGUAGGUUUGGAUGCUUAUUGGGGAUUUAUGGAUCCUGAAAUUAAGCCACAUCAGAGUAAUGGAUUAGUAGCCCAAAAGUCUGUAUUUGGUUGGGUGUUAUCUGGUUCAUGGAAGGUUCCUACUAUCAGCAACUGUGAGUCUACACAAAUGUUGUGUAUAGGAAAUGUGACAGAUUCUGAUUUACGUGAGUUUUGGGAUUUAGAAUCUGUUGGCAUAACUCAAAAGGAAGCUGUUCCUAGCCCAUUUACCUCAGACCCUGUUUUGAAGCAAUUUUGUGAAAAUGUUAAGUUUGAAGAGGGACGCUAUGAAGUAGGCUUACCUUGGAAGUCGGAUGACUGCAAGAAGAAUCUUAUGAAUAAUGAGGGAAUUGCUAGGAAAAGGUUGCAAGGAUUAGGGCGUAAGUUAGAUAAGGACCCAGAGCUUCAGAAACAAUAUUCUAACGUGUUUACUGAUUAUGAACAAGAGGGAAUAAUUGAAGAAGUCCCUUCAAGUGAAGUUGUAAGUUCUCAGCCUACAUAUUAUAUGCCUCAUCGUCCAGUUGUCAAAGAGAGUAGUUCUUCAACUAAGGUCAGACCAGUUUUUGAUGCUUCUGCAACUAGUUAUAAUGGCACUUCUUUAAAUGAUUGUCUUGAGUCUGGUCCUUCACUUAACGCUGAUCUUGUGAAAGUAUUGGUUCGUUUCAGAAAGUGGAAGGUUGCAUUGACUGCUGAUAUUACAAAGGCAUUCUUGCAGAUUUGUGUUCGGCCAGAAGACCGAGAUGUUCAUCGCUUUUUGUGGAAAUGCAAAGACUCCAUUAGAAUGAUGAGGUUUGUUCGUGUUCCCUUUGGUAAUACAAGUAGCCCUUUUUUGCUAAAUGCCACCAUUAAAUACCACUUACAGUCUUAUCCUGAUACUGAAGUAGUAAAAGAGUUAAAGGAAAACCUUUACGUAGAUGAUUGGCUGUCAGGGGCGGACACUGCUGAGGAAGCUUGUGAGAAGUUUAAAGAAGCUCAAAGUAUUUUGGCUGAAGCUGGGUUCCCUCUUUCUAAAUGGCACUCAAAUUGUAAAUUGUUUGCCACAAAGUUUAAUGAUAAAAUUGAUCAUGGUGAUGAACAUGAAUCCACAAAGGUUUUAGGUAUGAAGUGGUUAUCCUUGUCAGAUCAGUUUGUUUUUAAAGGUAUUGAUUUAGACCUGGAGACACAUUUGGUGUCAACCAAAAGAGCAAUUCUUAGUCUCAUAGCCAGGCUUUUUGACCCACUUGGUUUGAUUAGUCCCUUUGUCAUGUAUGCUAAAAUCCUCUUUCAAGACAUAUGGAGACUUGGGCUUGAUUGGGAUGAGUUACUACCUAAAGAGGUGCAAAAUAAGUUUCAGAAUUGGGUUAAGAGCAUUGCUGCUCUAAAAUAUUGGAAGAUUAAUCGUUGCUAUUUCCCAGAAAUGUCCUGGAAAGAGUUGUCUGGUGUAGAACUCCAUGCCUUUGGUGAUGCUUCAGAGAAAGGGUAUGGAGCUUGCGUGUACUUGAGAGUUCCUCUUGUGGAUGGAACAUACCAGGUGUCAUUAGUGGUAGCAAGGUCAAGGGUAGCACCUAUAAGAGGGUCACUUUACCUCGACUAG